CGCGAUUCUAGGGUUUUAAAUCUCGUGGCUUCGUGGGUUUUAGAGUUCCCGAAUUGACAAGCACCACGAAUCGCAGGUGGACGGAUUCACAGAAUGUAUCUUCAGUUUUACAUAAAUGAGAACGGCGACAAAGUGUACACCACCAAGAAAGAAUCACCACUUGGAUUGGCUACACAAUCUGCCCAUCCAGCCCGCUUCUCUCCCGAUGACAAAUAUUCGAGGCAAAGAGUUCUUCUGAAGAAACGAUUUGGACUGCUGCCAACCCAAAAGCCACCUCCAAAGUAUUGAGCAUUUCACAGGCUGCUUGGUGGGAAGAGAAUUGUGUUGUUGGGAAUUUGCCGCAAAUUAUGGGUGCGAAGGUGUUUGCCUUCAUACAGUUGCUCUUCAAGUUAGAGCUUUAUGAGUGUACCAUUGUAGGCCAGUUUUGUCACGGGAUUCUGAAAUUUAACAAUGACAAUUUUUGGAUAGGUAUUGCCGCAUGGUUUCAGUUAUCGGA